AUGAGGGUCGUAUACCUACUGCUUAUGUUUCAAGUUCAUGCUCAUCUGAAGUGUGAUAAAACCAGCAUCCAUACCACAGUUGGGAGAGAUAUUAAUGUUCUCUGCAGAUAUGAUUCAAAUAAUUUUAUAUUCAGUAAGAAGUACUGGUGCCACGGGGAGUCCAGAAAUACUUGUGAGGUAUUGUUGGAUACGGACGGAUUCACAACUUCACGGCUCAAGAAAAAAGCAAGGAUAUAUCAAUCAGGUUACCAGACUUUUCAUAUUCUCAUAACAGGAGUCCAGCUGGAGGACACUGGAAUCUAUUGGGCUGGGAUUGACAAAAUAUACGCUGAUAUCAUGUUCAGGAUAAACGUCAUGGUAACAGAAGAAGCUGUGAGCAGACCCCACAUUUGGUUAGAUGGCUCACCUGUGGUGACAUGCCAAGGACAGCAGGUUCUCCUGCGCUGCCGGGCUGAGAGAGGCACCAAUGUGAAGUAUAGCUGGUCCAAAGAAGCUCAGGUUCAAGAUGUUCUUUUAGAAAGCUCCACGGAUCUUCUCUUCCACUGUGCCUUUCUCACCGAGGACGCUCAGUACAUCUGUUCGGCUCAGAACGCUGUGAGCAGAGAACGGAGUAAUCCCAUUUCCCUUCACCUUGUACAGGCUGGACAGGAAAACUGCAUUUAUUCCCUCAUGUCUGAUGAGCUUGAAAGUUACGACUGCAGGACAACGACAGUCUCACCAGUAAUAAGCACCAGCACUAAUGUGGAGGUUUCAAGCUCAGAAUUUGUCACGCAAACCAGUUCAAGUGGAAAUCAGUCAAUAUGUAGAAAUCAAACACAGAGCUGGAAUGGAAAUGACUGUCUUAGGUGGUGA